CGACAUCAAGAGCGCGUAGUUGCUUUUAGAAUCGAACUAAAGCUUGGCGCUUGAGGAUCUCUUUCGGGACAUUGUCGGAACCGGGAACCGUAUUUCAGGAUUUCGGGAAGUCGGUGCUUACUGCGAUCGUGUGUUCAAAGGGUGCUUUCCCGCGGUUUGAACAGUUUUUUGUGCAAUCGUGAGUCAGUGGGGAUUUCCCACCAGCCUACUCGUUUCGCUCCGAUAAGGUUUGGAAGAGGCGCCGUGAAGAGUAUUUCGUGAAAGAGUUUCGUGCAAUUUCGUGAACCGGAAGGAAGCGUAUUCGGUUGGCGGGGUAAUUGUCUGCAAAUUUGUGAAGAGGGAAUAUUUCAGGCUUUCUAGGACGACUUGAAACGACAACUUCCGGCGAGAGGAUCAACGCAAAAUUCCGCAAUGGGAAACAUACACACCGUGGGACCCAACGAGGCGCUCAUCGUAUCAGGUGGCUGCUGCGGAUCGACCAAGAAGCGCACAAUCGUCGGAGGCUGGGCCUGGGCCUGGUGGCUGGUGACCGAUGUCCAGCGGCUGUCGCUGGAAGUGAUGACACUGAACCCGAUGUGUGAAAUGGUGGAAACGGCUCAGGGCGUCCCACUAACGGUGACAGGUGUUGCACAGUGUAAAAUCAUGAAGAUGAUGAACGUCUAUUAUUUUCACCAUCAGGCCGACGAACUGCUCGGUACCGCCAGCGAACAAUUCCUGGGCAAGUCGGUGAAGGAAAUCAAGAUGACAAUCCUGCAAACUCUGGAAGGACAUCUGCGUGCCAUUCUCGGAACUCUUACCGUCGAAGAGGUGUACAAAGACCGCGACCAGUUUGCGGCGCUGGUCCGCGAGGUGGCCGCACCUGAUGUUGGCCGCAUGGGCAUCGAGAUCCUGUCGUUCACCAUCAAGGACGUGUACGACGAUGUGCAGUAUCUACAAUCACUGGGCAAGGCCCAGACGGCGAGCGUCAAGCGAGACGCGGACGCCGGCGUCGCCGAGGCGAACAGGGACGCUGGAAUUCGGGAAGCCGAAUGCGAAAAGAGUGCGAUGGAUGUUAAAUAUUCUACGGAUACCAAGAUCGAGGACAAUGCCCGAAUGUAUAAGCUGCAGAAGGCCAAUUUUGACCAGGAAAUCAACACCGCGAAAGCAGAGUCCCAGCUCGCGUACGAGCUGCAGGCGGCCAAGAUCCGCCAGCGGAUCCGUAACGAAGAAAUCCAAAUCGACAUCGUGGAGCGCCGCAAGCAAAUCGAAAUCGAAACCCAGGAAAUCAACCGCAAGGAUUGCGAGCUGUCCGCCACGGUGAAGCUGCCGGCGGAGGCCGAAAGCUACCGCGUGCAGAUGAUCGCCGAGGGCAAGCGCACCCAAACGGUCGAGGUGGCGAAGGCCGAAGCGGAACGCAUCAGGAAGAUCGGCGCGGCCGAGGCGCACGCAAUCGAGAUGGUGGGCAAAGCCGAAGCCGAACGGAUGCGGAUGAAGGCGAACGUGUACAAGCAAUACGGCGACGCCGCCAUCAUGAACAUCGUGCUCGAGUCACUGCCAAAGAUUGCGGCCGAGGUGGCAGCUCCGUUGGCGAAAACCGAAGAAAUCGUGCUGAUCAGUGGCAACGACAGCACCACGGCGGACGUGGCACGCCUCGUCGGGCAACUGCCGCCGGCCAUCAACGCCCUGACCGGUGUGGAUCUGUCCAAGGUUUUGGGCAAAAUUCCCGGCGCAAAGGCAUAAUAAACAGAACAAGGUAACACACAGACACACGCAUGCAAACGAGACGAGACCCGAGGUGAGCAGGACCGCCCCCAUAGCUAAUCGUUCGAAAUCAUAACUAAAUCAGAGAGAGGGAGAGAGUUUUUAAGGAAAUUUAGCACGAUCUGUGUACAGAGAGCAACGUUUUUCGUUUUUUGGGAAUAGUAAAAUUAUUAUCGACUUCGGCGUAAAAGUUAACCUCACCCUUCACACUCCAGACAUUAUAAGACCAACAACAGCGAGAGUUUGUGCUUUAACGUAUGGUUAAAAACAAUAUAUAUUUCAGUUGAAUGUUUAAUAAAUGUUUAUGCGUCACAAACAGAACAAUACAACAUUAUACAAAACACAAAAGUUCAUUCAAACUAGAAAUACAGAUUAUUGGUACUUCAUUCAUUCUUUAUUCUUUAUCAAAAAUUGAAUUCCUAAAAUCUUGUUUUAAAAUUUCGUUUUGAAUUCCGAAUUUCCUAUUCGUUAGCAAUAAACAUCAAAUUAACUUAAAAUGGAACAACAUGGAGACCGAAAAAUGUAAUGUAUUUUCUUCCUCAAGUUCAUUUUUCCACUAGAAAAUCCCUUAAAACUGCUUGCUAAAUGAUGAUAACGAGCGUAGUUCAGAGUUUAUUUUGAUUUGUUUAUUUCUGGCAUGCUUUGCCAGUCUAAACAAUAAUAAUAAUAAAAAAAACUUUGCCAGUCAUUUUUGGAAAAUUCGCCUUUGCUAAAAAUGUCUAUUACAAAAUGUCUUUUGUUUUCCUUCGUUUCGUUUUACAUCGAAUUAAGUUUUAUCCUGUUUAAGGAUUCUCCGGUAAAACUUGUCUUCUCUUGUUAUGUUUUUAUUCUUUUUAAAGAGUCUUUUUAGUUUCAGAUAUUAUUUAAGUCUUGUCUUCUCCUAAACCUCUAAAGUUAGCUAUGUUCAAAAUAUCAUUCUUCAAUAGCAGCGAGGGAAAAAUCUUUUGAUGUUGGGUUCCAUUGAGUUUCAAUCCAAAAAAGAACUUUCAGUUUUUCUCUCUUCCAAGAGUUAUCAAUGAUUUUCUUUAGAGAUUCUCUAGUUGUCGAUCUGUACUGUUUGAAUAUAUCUUGACUUUUUUUUGAUAAGGUCCUAUAAACAAACGUAAACAUUGAGUGUAUCCCGCUUACUCCGAUGGUCUUUGACAUAAGGUGUGAAAGGGAUACACUCAAUGUUUACAUUUGUUUAUAGGACCUUAUCAAAAAAAAGUCAAGAUAUCUUUUUUUUUUUUUUUUUUUUUUUAUUAUAGAGAUUUUACACCAUUGUGCAUUCGUCUCUUUAAGGUGGAUAGUAGAAGAGGAAAGUUUACAAAGUUUUUGAUCACUUGUCUGGCUAUAUUUCAAUAAUUGAUACCAUGCCUUUUUUCUAACGAUUUCUGUCUUAGUUUCAAAUAUUUACGGGCAAAUUUGGAUCUUAGAUUAUCAAGUUCUUUGCUUUUUUCUUCGUCCUCUUCCUUCGAGGAUUUAACCGUUAACUCAUAACACUUAUUGUAAUAAUAUUUUGCUUGUAUGGCAUCUUCGUCUUCUUCAUCUGUUGUUUCUUCUUCAGCAAUCUCUCUUCGUUUUGUUCUUAAGUCGUAAUCCGCGUCCAAAUAUGCUUGCAAGCGCUUCCGGGAUUUGCGAGUGUGCUUAGAAAGCACUGUCUCGAAUCCAUCGUUAGAUUCUUCGGCAAUUUCACUUGUUUCCAUUGCAUUUUGGUCUGGUUUACUGUUGUUGCUUUUUCUGCUGCUGCUGCUGCUUGGCUCAGGUUCAGUCGGUGGUUUACUGCUUUUUUGGUUCACCUUUUUGCUCGAAUCCCCACAUUUUUUGUUCUUUGCUUUGAGUUUGCAAAGUGAUUUUUUGCCUAUAAUCGUCACUGCUGCAGCAGCGUUGUUUACAGUGAUUGAUUUCGGCGUUGGCUGUUUCAGCAACAUCCGCAAGGUCCGAACUCCAUUUGGGAUCCCUGGGAAGAAGUUAAUCCAGCGGUCGUUGGUGAUGGUUAAAAUUUCGCCGUAUUUACUCAUCACUUUGGCUACGUCAUCAUUGCUUAUGCCUAGAGGUAGGUCAAGCACACGAACUUCCGUAGCGUUGUUGUCCAGGUAAAUCGGGAUUUUGCAACCCUGAUAUACCAGAGGUUUGUCGAUGAUGGACGAGGCCAUUGCUGAGUCGGCGAACUGCAACACGGCUAUUUUUCUUCUAUUGCAUAAUUGCAAUGCUCGCAAGUUUUCUUGGUUUACUUGAAGGUCUGCGAGAAAUUUUUUUACAAGCUUUGGGCUUGGUUGGUUUUGGAGUUGACAAAAAUCCAGAACCACACUGUUUUUGUCUACGGUGCACAUUUUAAAAAAAGCGGCGACGCGCACACAAACUGCGGACUGGCGUUGAGAAUGCGACUUGUAAGGUCGGCGGUUACUUUGCAACUGAUAUCUCAAUUUAUCGAUGGUCUCUUCAUUCACUAAAAAAACUCCAAACUUCGAUGCUCUUCUUUCCUCGAUAUCCUCAAAAAAAAUCAAAUUAUUCGCUCUACAGCAUUGCCUUAGCGUUCUCGAUUACGAGAUUCCUACUCGAAACUAGGUAGUCGAAGGCUUGAUUGUUGAGGCAAUUGCAAACCUCUUUUUACACCUUAGCUUCCAUUUACCCCGGGAUUCGAACUGACGACCUUUGGAUUGUGAGUCCAACUGCCUACCAGUGACUCCACCGAGACAGGACCCAGGGAGACGACUCCUACACCUGGACUGAGCUAACGACCUAACCUUUUUAGGUUAGUCCGGGGCCAACAUUUACUUCCCGUCCGACGGAAGGCAAAUGGUUCAUUCAAUUAAGGAAUAGUUCCGCACUGAUGGGCUAUCUAAAAUCAGCAUACGUAGAUGUAACUUGUUACCAAACCGAAAAAGUCAAAAUGAUGUUACCAAUAAAUCGUAGCAAACUGGGCUCGAUGUUUGUUUGACAUCCUAUAACCUUAAUAUUUGCUUCCGUAGAAACCUAAGUAGAGUUGGUUGUAGAUAGGCCAUGAGUGGCACACUCAGAGCUGUCAAAGUGUUUUUUUUUUAAGAAACUCACGCGAGUUUUGCCGCUAUCUUGGAGCUGAAACUCUAGUGCCGCAUUUGAUUUUUUUUUUCAAAUUCAUGCGAGCUCCGAACACACUGACAAAUGAUGUUCGAUUGAACCAAAACUGGCACAAACGAGUGUGGCACUUAGUGCCGCAUCGGCUCUUCAAACGAACGUACCAUCUGUGUCAUCAAACGAGCGUACCAAAAGAUUGAGUCUUUACCUGAGUCAAGUAGUAGUACACUCAACCCCCGGUUGUUGGUCACUUUUUCGUUUGACACUUUUUUAGUUUGUUCCGUUGGGUUGACAAAGUCUAACUAAAAAGUGACGAACUGUAACUUUUUACACGGGACUCACACACACUAUCAAACAAAACAUUUGGUGGUAAGUGUAUGCUCUGUGUAAAGAGAGUGUCAAACUAAAAGGUGACCCUGUUCGUUUGACAACAAUUUGUGUCAAUCCAACGGGGUUUCAGUGUAGUGAGAUUAAAAUUUCUCCCGAAAUCCUUUUACAGUCGACUCUCCGGUUGUCAAUAUUCGAGGGACCAUCGAAGAAAAGAAUCAUCAGGUCACCGAAAGAUGCAAACAAAAACAAACAAAUGUCAAACAUCAUUCAAAGCUUCGUUUCGCAAAGAAAAAUGUCUAUGCAAUCCGUGAGAAUGUGAAAGUAUUGACAGCCGGAAGAAAUUUUUAAAGCAAAAGCAAGAGAAAAUAUCGAGGAAUGAAGAGAAUCGAAGUGUGCAGUUUGAAGGGUCUGAAGGAAUCAUCGGUAGAUAAAGCAAUAUUGAGCUCGAGAAGACCAACAACCAACCUCCAAAGAAAAGGGGUCAAGAAACAGCUUUACGAACAGCUGAACAAAGGAGAGGGAUCAAUUUCUUUGGGCUUUUUUUCACCCUCUCUGGCUUGCUUUCGCUGCCGCUGCUGGCCAUUUUAGUUGACCGGUUUCUUACCAAGUGCGUACACUGCUUUGAUAUCUUGAAGCAGAGAGAAGAGAAGUUUGCUCUCUUUUGACUUUUUUUCUUUUAGUAAGUGGCAGGCCUGAGUUCUUAUGAUGAACAUAUUUCCGUUUGUUGAUUACAUCUUAUAAUGGUUGAAAUUGAGGGGAUUUUCUUUUUUUUUUAAUACAUUCAUUUUGUCCAAGACAUUCUUCUUAUUGUCUAUGCUUCAAUGAAAGACUUGCUGCAAAAGGGUAAAUUAUCAUUAUCGCUGAGUUAUACCAAUCAUGAUUUAAACAGGUAUCUCGAUCAUUUCCAUUCACCAUUGUCUGUUCCGAAGUAUUUAAAUAAUGCGUUUAAAUGAAAGCACACGUGUGUAAAACAAUAAAUGUGAAUAAUAACAAAACAAUACAUGCACUUUGACAUCAAACGAAAUAUUACUGCCACUCUGGUCGAUAGAAAGAGAUCAUACCAUCGUAAAACGUUCGAUUUCAGCUUUGAUUUCAUUUCCCACAUACACACUGUGUAUCCUCUAAAUAAAUGUUUACGUCGUUGUUGUGUUUUUCGUAAAGUCUAUUUGAUUGUAUUGAAUUACUAAAAGUAAAAGGUAUGACUAUGAUCGUGAACUCACCAUUAACCUACUUGCAACGUUUGUAAAGUACAUUAACUUUCUUCACAAAAACAACAAAUCUGUAAGUAACUUUCAUUAACAAAACGAAGUGACGAACAAACAUACCGGCAGCACACUCACGAACCCAGUUGUGUUCAAAACGAGAAAAAGAUAUAACGAGAGAAUACGAUCCGACAACCGUCUGCUGCUAGAACACUACACGAAUCGUUCAAAUUACUGACCAGUAAGAGAUAGUUGAGAAUGCGACAUCGAGGUUCUGCACACAUUUUACACACUGUAAAGCAAACUACACUUACCAACAUAUUUUCUUCCACAUACACAUUUUUCCCUUGGACGGCUAUUCUGUUGAAACUCUUUCGUUUAUGUUCACAUUCGUUAAGUCCAAUUUAAUUCUAUCAAAUACAAAAUCAUACGACUACUCUCGAAGCCAACUUUUCCACUUAUAUACAAACUACACAACAAAAAAAGAACAAAAGUAGCGACAAAAAAUAACAUCUCGUAAGAUAACGAAUCUUCCCUUACCUAGAAAAAGAUCAGAUCGGAAACCAUUUUAAGACCCGUCCUGUGUCGUGUCAGUAGAGAUCAAAAUGGCCGAAAUCCGUAGCCGCCUCAGCCCUCCGCCGUCGUACGCUUUCAUCUCGAAGCAACUCCCCCGAACAGAAAAUAGGAACUAUAAAAACAUAGAGCAAAACUAGCAAAAUCGAGUGCAGCUUUGAGCGUCUUUCAAAAAUAAAUACAAACAAUAAAACAAACAUCUAAACCAGCUUAUAAAAUGCUAGAAAUUGCUCCCCAAUGCAUGUUGAGAGGCGCUUUGUCGUAUAUAGUGCAACUUUCUGAGCUGUUAGAGCCAAGUUAUGCCAGAGAGAAUAUUGCUUCUUCAAGGGGCUUGACCUUUUUAUCUCGUUCUAGCAGAAGUCGAUCGAAAUCCUUCUUUGCUCUCUCUUUCUCAAGAGCGAAAGAUUUGCACAAGAGUGAAACCGAAAAGCUGAGAGAGCACAGAGAAGGGAGAGAGAGUAAAAAAAAGUACGAAAAUGCGAUUCUGUCGUAGAGAGGUUUUUUGAUUCUCUCUUUGCCGUCACGCUGCAAUUCUGCUAGUACGUUGGAUAAAUGUCUUGCUUUGCGCACUUUUUUUUUUGUAUUUUAGAGCCUUAAUUUGAAAAAUAAUCUUCAAAUUCCAAAUGACGUGUAGCGCAAGACAAAAAAAAUCUUUUGUUUUGCAAAUUCCAACGCAAUUCGCGGGCAAUAACUUUCGAGUCGCAUAACAAAAAAAGAAUAAAUCCAGCUGCAGAUCAAAAUUGUAACUAGCAGUAAAUAGCAUCCUAGUGCAAAUUCACGUUGAACCGAUUUCACUACAACCACACAAGAAAAAGAAAAAACUAAGGAAGAACAAAAACCUAGUUGCAGAUACAAAAGUGUAUAUUUUUAUACUCCUUAUAUAUUAAAUGAAAAGCUAGGUGAAGGAAAUCAAUAUACAAAAGAAAGAUAUUAACAAAAAAAAAUCAUAUUUUGAAGUCGUGUAGAAUUAGAAUGUACUCUAACGGAAGAUGGCUGCCCCUCCCCGCGCAGGGUCCAGUUCGCUUCUCCGCUAAUUCAAACCAGAUAUUAGUAUCAACUAUACUUUCGCGUUCCUCACUCGAAAGCUUUUCUUUACCCAAGCAAAAAAACAAGCAAACUGACUAACAAUAAAAUAUAAAAAAACAGACCACUUAAUUUCCAUCCUCAUCACAGAUAUUUAACGUGUACGAUAUAUAAACAGAAUGUUACUACAUUACUAACUCACCUAUGUUACGACUAAACACCAACUUUUUUUUCCGUUAUUUAUAAGUUUGACUAAAUCAGGAUGGUGGAUUCUAAUCCCUGAAAAAGCAUUUGAACAAAAGUUAACCUUUUAUAAUAAUAUAUUGAAAAGCAAAAGAAAAUCGCUAAAGAAAAUUUAUUAAAAUCCCUAAAAAUUAUUGAAACAGCAAAAAAAAUCGUUAAAUCAUAAUUCAAAAAAAGUAAAAGCAAAACUCAACCCCCGUCAUCACUUGAAAGCCAUUUUCUCGAACAACUACCGCUGUGUGAAUGUGUAACUCGGUUAAUUAAAACAUUAAAAGAAAAACUCGAACAUCACUAUCCUUACAUGAAUUCACCACGGGUUAGCUAAAUAAUUUCCGAAUCGAAAAAAAAAAACAAAACAAAACACAUUUAAUCAAGUAAAAGAUGAAUAAACAAAAAGUAUUUGAUUUACGAUUUGUCGGAAGCAAACAGCUAAACAGAAAAAAAGAGUUUAAAAAAAUGUAUAAAAAUCUUUUAGGAAAUAUAUACCGAGAAUGUGUAUCACUCUGAUGAUUUAAAUAAAGAAGUAUGUAAGCGAAAU